UUUGGUAUUAUCAGGGUUUGAACUAUUCAUGCGACGUGUACAAGGAGCAAGUCUCAUUUCGUCUUUCUUUCAAAUGGUGAUUGGUUUCUCUGGUUUGGCGAGAUAUUUCGCAAGACACCUUAGCCCUCUUGCUUCAGUUCCUCUUGUAACACUCACGGGACUUGGGCUGUACGUCCGUGGAUUUCCACUGUUGGCUAGGUGUAUUGAAAUUGGACUCCCAGCUUUAGCUCUAUUGGUUUUCUUAACUCAGUUUCUUCCCCUUAUCUGGAAAGCAAAAAAAGAGAUAGUUGGUCAAUUAGCAAUCAUACUUUCUGUGGGAAUUGUAUGGACCUAUGCAGAGAUUUUGACAGUAGCUGGUGCAUAUGAUAAUACAUCUCAAGAAAGACAAAUUAAUUGUCGUACUGAUAGUUCUAGUCUCAAUGGUGCUGCUCGUUGGAUAAAGAUUCCACAACCAUUUCAAUGGGGAAUUCCCAUUUUUGAAGUUGGCGAUGCUCUUUCAAUGAUGGCUGCUUCUCUUGUAGCUGUUAUUGAGUCUUCUGGUACAUUUUAUGCAGCAUCAAAAUUAAGCGGUGCUCCUCCUAUACCUCCCUCUGCACUGACUCGUGGUAUUGGCAUUCAGGGAAUUGGAACUAUGAUAGAUGCAGUAUUUGGUACAGGAAAUGGCUCCACUGCUUCAGUGGAAGAUGCGGGUCUUUUAGAAUUAACAAAAGUAGGAAGUCGGAGGGUCGUUAUAGUAUCAGCAAUCAUUAUGGUUUUCUUUUCCAUUUUAGGAAAAGUUGGGGCUUUUUUCUCUUUAAUACCAUUGCCAAUUGUGGGAGCUCUUCAUACUUUCCUCUUCCCCUACGUGGCUUCAGCUGGGCUUCAAUAUCUCCAGUUUUGCAACGUGAAUAGCUUUAGAUCAAAGUUCAUUCUAGGCUUUUCUCUCUUCAUGGGUCUUUCUGUGCCUCAAUACUUCAAGGAAUAUGUUUUUCUUUCUGGUCAUGGACCUGUUAACACUGGCUUCACCUGGUUCAAUGACAUAAUCCAAGUGAUUUUCUCAUCCCCACCAACAGUCGCCCUUAUAAUUGCUUUCUUUUUGGAUCGGACUCAUACUCCUAAGGCCCACUCGACCAGGAAAGACAGUGGCAUGGAUUUGAAAGAGCAAUAUGAUGAGUCGGAAAUGACUCAACAAAUCUAUAAGAUAAUUACUUCACUUGAUGAUUUAUGCUCUUAAUUCUAAUUAAUAUGCUUCAUCCACUGUACAUGAAAUAAUAGUUACAAUUCAUAUUUUCUCUUACCAAGAGUCUAUCACGUUGCUCUCUUGUGGCAAGUUGUGGCAACUGAAAAUAUAGUACAUGUUAUAAUGUUGAUUUUUA